AUGGACCCAACCUCGACGAUGGAGCUGCCGGAUGUCUUCGUGAGCAAGUUGUUUCAUCUACUGCAGAGCAACGCUUACUCUAGCAUAAUACAAUGGUCGUCCGAUGGCAGUAGGUUCAUCAUCUGGGACCCGGAGCAAUUCACCAAAGUCAUCCUGGAGCGAUUUUUCAGUCUUUCCAGCUACACAGCGUUCGUCAAGCAAUUGAGCAAAUAUAGCUUCCAGAAAACUAAGCGCCCGCACUGCGAGGAGUUUUUCAACGUUCAUUUCCAAAGAGAAAACAAGGCCAUUCUGCCGCUGGUCAAUACGCACAAGCCCGCCACGACCGCCGCCACCACCAAACCCGCCGCUCAAUGCACUUUCCACUGGGACCCUUUCAAAGUGAACUCCAUUCUAAGCAAGGCAAUCGGCAAACCCUCCUUCGAGAAACUGGCGAAAAACGUCGACAGGCUGCAAAGCGAUCUCGAUGAGCUCAACUCGUCGAACGCAGAGAGCUUGCGCAUUAUAAAGGAGAUUAACGCAAGUCUACAGACAAUCUCACAGCACCAGUUUCAUGCCUACCAAACUGCCGGUUUCCUUCAGGCGCAUUUCGAAACCAUCAAAAAGGCCAUUUGUCCUGACUUGUGCCUGCAACACCAACCAAAGUGCCCCAGACGCUACUGGCUGCUGUUGCUGAUGGCGGACGUGUCCGAAGUAUCAGAAACACCGUUGAUGCGCUUCGCGACCGUGCUCGAUUCCAUGAACUGUUCCGUGGACACUGCUACUCAAUGGCACCCGCAGCUGCGUCUUGACGCAUACGACCUGCUUUUCGUCACCGUGUCUCCCGACAUGCAGCAGGAGCAACUUAUUUUCUUUAAGAGGCUUAGGAACGCGCUCCCAAGCUUUCCCAUAAUAGCCAUCAUGAACAACCUCACCUUUCCUCAAGACAUCAGCAUCCCCCCCUCCAACUAUUCUCGCUACUACUGUCACCAUUUUCUGCAAUUGGGCUUCAGUGACAUACUGGUGAGCCCAUUCACUCCAACUCAACUCAUUACACUCCUCUCCAAACAUCUUCGAACGUGA